AGCAGUCUCCCAGUGCAACAAGUAUUCCCAUGCUGCACAGCGCUGGCACAUCUCGCAGUACGUUCGUGUCAGCCGACCUCACUGCGCGCCGUCGUCUGCUGCUCGUGGAAAGCCAUCUUGCCCCGACGGCCAAUACUAGCAUGAAAGGACAAGAUCUCUAACGCUCGACAUGGAUAAGGCAACGGAGAGCGAUAACAAAGGAGCCGAAGGAGACGCCGAACGGAAUCCCAUCACUGUACGCCGAAUGGCGUGCGUGAUGGUGAUCGCCAGCACGCCCCUCUUGAACGGCAUGAUGGUCGGGUGGACGGCGGUGCUGCCCAAGCUGCAGGAGGACGGCAGCUUCCCCGUGUCCGACGAGGAUGUCACGUGGCUCGUGUCCCUCAUGCUGGUCGUGGGCAUCGGCGUGUCCCCCGCGGCCGGCGCCCUGGCGGAGGCCCUGGGCCCCAGGCGCGUCAUGUUCCUGGCCAUGGCCCCCGUCGUGGGCUUCUGGCUGCUGCAGGCCUUCACGCCCUACCUCGCUUUACUCUACGUCGGAAGGACCGCCGCCUCCGUCAGCGCCUCCAUGGUGUGCACGAUGGUGCAGCCGCUGGUCGCCGAGCUGUGCCCCACGCGGAUCAGGGGAAUGGCGUCCACGAUGCCGGAGGUCAUGAGCUGUGCCGGGGUGCUGCUGGGCUACGUGCUCGCCUACCUGCUGCCCUGGGACGUCGCCACGGCGAUUUCUGCCGCUCCGUUCCUCCCUCUGUCUCUGGCGAUCCUGUUUGUCCCCGAGUCUCCUUAUUGGCUGGUGAGGAAGAAGAGGAUCGACGCCGCCGAGAGGUCCUUGCGAGUCCUGCUGGGUCACACCGCUGACGUCACGAAGGAACUGGACGCCAUCAGGAGCACCACGACCCUCAAGCAGGCCAAGGUCAAGAACCAGAUGAGAGAGCUUCGUGAGCGACGCAACGCCAUUCCUGUCCUGUUGAUGCUGAGCGUGUUCGUCCUGAGAGAGCUCGGCGGGAAAGGCCCGGUGUUCAACUACACCGUGUACAUGUUCCGCAAUGCGGGAGUGCAGCUGGAUGCCUUCUACUGCACAGUAUUCGUCGGUGUUGCUCGCCUUGCAAGCACCUGCGUGUCUGCUUGCACUUUGGAUCUGGUGGGUCGCAAGCCCCUCCUUGUGGCCACAGCAGUGAUCUGCGCAGUGUCGGAGGGCGUCGCCGGAGCCUUCCUCUUCCUGGAGGUGGAGGGGGCCGCGUGGGUGCCUCUAGUGUCUGUGAUUGUCUUCGUGAUCGGCUAUGGCAUUGGUCUGGGACCCGUUCCUUGGAUCUACCUUGGCGAACUGCUGCCAACACCCGUGAGGUCUCUCUCGGCUGCACUGAUUACCUUCAGUUAUUCCAUAACUUAUUUCGGAGUGAGCUAUUUAUUCCUUAGAGUAAUAGCAUCACUAGGUCUGGGGCCGACGAUGAUGGCGUUUGCGGCGGCGAAUCUGAUCAUCGCCCUCCUUGUGCUGUGCUUCAUCCCCGAGACCAAAGGCCGAACUCUGCAGGACAUGGAGACCGCCUUCGCAUCGAACGUCAACAGCCAGGACCAUUCGCAGGCCGAUACCAUGACUGCCGGAGGAGAGGCCACGCCAGCCAAAGGGGAAUCUCUGAUGGACGACUACCGGCGCGACGACACGAAGGGGGUGCCAUCCGUCUGACCACGGAUUUUACACCUCAAGUACAACUUGUAAUCUCAUAUACUUGAUGUAGUUCAGGGAGUAACUACAAGGCAAAAGGAUUAUUGUUAGCUCAAUAUAGAAUGGCAGAUUUAAAGUUGUAAUAUGUUUACUAAGUUAUAUUCUCUUGUACACUGACGAUUUAUAUUUAUACAUAAUUCUGCUG